UGGAUGACAGCACCGGCACCUCCGCCGACGGCCGCCAACAUGGGUGCAGACCUCAAGACCUCUUCCGACACGCCCGCGAAACCAAAGGUAUCGAGUCCGUUCCUAGCGUGUGGACAGAGAAUUAACAUCCUAUGGCAGCCUUGUUGCGUUUGCACCGACGAAAAAGCCAAGCGCGACGAGUGCAUGCUCUUCUCCAGCUCGAACAACGCCCAAGAAGAGUGUGCCGACCUCGUAACGAAGUACAAAGACUGCAUGGCUGGGUACGGAUUCAAGAUAUGAUACGAGUCCGUGGUGGAACUGGUGUACUAUAACUGCCAACGGGAGGCAUGUACAAUACACAGCAUGGGACGGCGUCGGGCAUUGCGGGAGCACUAGACGUGGUUAUAUGUAUGCCAUACUUGUACAUGAAUGGAACCUGAAUCUUCCCUCCAACGUCCGGUAAGAAAUGGGUAUCUGUAACUUAAAAAAUGCCUGGUAAUC